AUGAGUAUCGGCAACAAGCACGUCUUGUGGUAUGACCCAACUACCAAAGAGGAGCUCAAGGCUCAACGACCUACCGCCUAUCAAACCGGCAAAGGCAACGCUUCUGGUGGCAUCCAAGGCAUGACCGACCCAGACACGGUCAACUUCAAGACCACCGUCUUCAACAAGGUGGCCAAGUCCUUCUCCGCGCUCUUCAGCAACCACGCGGACCGGUACGAGCGUCGCAAGGAUUGCCCCGUGGGCUGGACCACCGGCGGCCAGAUCGGCUGGCUCCGGGAGGAGCAGGACUCGCAGUACCAUCUCAUGGAGGAACUGGAGCUCAAGAUUGAGGGGCUGAGGAAGGACGUCAGGCAGCAGGAGGAGCUCAUCAAGGCGUACGAGGUCAAGGUGGCGCAGAACGAGGAGUACCUGCAGUACUGCAUGCACUGGAUCACCAUGGCGCAGGUGUUUGGGGAUGUUCCCGUUGCCAAGGACCGCAUGAUGUGGAAGUCUGGCCGUGUUGUGUUCGAGGAGGACAAGGAUGAGGAUGAGGACGAGGCUAUGGAGGAGGAUGCUAAGGGAACCAUGGCCUCGGGCACUCAUCACACUGCUUACCAAUAG